GUCCUGGGUUUCAAUCUAAAGACGAAUUCUAGUGUCAGUGACUCAGAAAUGAAAGUGAAAUCCAUUAGAAUUGUAUCUGCCAUUUGCAUUAUCUGUGGCAUUGCUUCUAUUGGUAUGCAGAUCGCCGCCAUAGCGAUCUUCUUAGCGAAAUUCGGUUAUUACUACAUCACAUUUACGUCCGACGUUGUUGGCUACGGUAUUUGGGGCGGAGCCCUCAAUUUGAUUGCCGGAUGCUUGGGAAUCGCCCUCACUUACGUCAAUGAAAAAACGCUGCUUGUUGCUGUUGUGGUUGCGGCGACCUUAUCGAUCCUCGCAUCGUUCCUCAUUUCUUUACUAUCAGCCUUAGCCGCUUCCUUAGGCUUCUAUAGCUCUUGCUUAUGGCUAUUUGAAUAUUCAACAUGUGACACUUGGCUACGACUGGAAUGGUCACUAAUGGGAUGUGGCAUUUUAGCUUUCAUCAGUUCCACAGCUCUCGUCAUCCUGGCAUCUCAGUCUCUAUGCACUUGCUGUAGCAAGCAAAAUAAUAGCGAAGACAAGACAGAGACUUACAAGGUGACGGAGAUCGAUUAGCAAAUUG